AUGGCGGUCACAUACCCGUUGGAUGUUCCGCUGGCUCGGAAUCCGGUCAUUGCAGUAACAGUGCUGGGCAUAAUUGCGACCAUAACCACGGGGCUGCGUUUCUAUGCCCUCCGGCUACGACAGGUAAAGCCUGGAGCAUCAGAUUUUCUCAUAAUUGCAGCAUUGGCCAUCGUAUAUAUUGAUAUUGCGAUUGAGUAUAUCCUUACCAUCCUUGGAGGGGCCGGUCGUAAUGUCAAAGAAAUUGACCCUGCAUCGGUUGUUAUCACGCUGAAGACCAUUUUGCCCCUGGAAGCCCUAUACGGGAUUGUCCUCGGCUUGAUCAAAACGUCGAUCAUGCUAUUCUAUAUGCGUAUCUUCGGGUUGAAGGCGAGCUUCCGGGCCUGCGUUUGGAUCACAAUGACGAUCGUAUGGAUGUGGGCGGUCAGUGUGAUUCUUGAAACCUUCCUGCUUUGUCGCCCACUGGCAUAUAACUGGGAUAUAUCUAUUCCCGGCACUUGCGGUAACCGAAAUGCAACGUACGUGGUCGCAGGUGUGCUAAACCUGAUCACCGAUUUGAUGGUGAUGGGGCUUCCCUUGCCGUUCAUCUGGAAGCUGCAGCUCAAUGUAGCGAAGAAAAUGGCUUUAUGCAGUGUGUUCUGUAUCGGUCUACUUGUGUCCAUCAUCAGCAUCGUCCGCCUCAAAUCCUUGAUGGAAAUCGACUUCACCAACAUUACGCGGUCGGUACAAAUGGGUGUGAUGUGGACUGUGAUAGAGCCCGAGCUUGCCAUUAUCUGCGCGAAUAUGCCGCUGCUCAAAGCGAUUCUGUCACGCAUGUUACCUGGACUGUUCUCAAGCGCCGGCACCAAAUACGGUGUUUCUGACCCACAGAACUUCGAGCGCCUUCAAGACCCGCAGUCAUCUGGCGUGUACCCAAUGAAUCGUUUCGACCACGAGGUAGUUCGUACACAUAUCUCGAGUACGAACAGCAACGAAUCACAGAGAAACUUGGCAGGAAAGCUAGGGGAUGUCUUUACACCAUCCAAGUCCAGUGUCGAGGAGGCGCGCCCCCUAGAACGAAGAUUUGACAAACAUGGCGGCUCAGGAGGGAUUAGUGUGACCCAAAAUUUCGUUAUCCAACAUCGCUAA